AUGAGACAGGAACGGUUCUUCGAUGCGCUGAUGGACGAUCCCCUUGAUGAGGAGCAUGAAGUUUCUGCCGUUGUUCAUGCAGGCCCCUCAAGGCAUGGUAAGAGCUACCCUGUGGAAGUUGAUGAUGAUGAUGAGAGUGCCUCCGAAGAACGCUCUGCUCCAGUCAAGGAAGGCGGCCAGCGAAAGAAGCUCAAGCAUACAAAACCCAUCGGAGGCCGGGACAGUGAUGGGAUGGGAUUCUCGGGUGGCAAAGGCGGACUGAGCACAGCUGGAGCUGGCGGCAACUGAUGUACCUAUUACACCUUCCGGCGGCAAGAAUUGGAAGUUAUGGUCGCUAUUGUUCGCAUUGGCCGUACCAACACAACAAAGAUCUUGUGAGACUUUCAAGCAGCUCAACUGAACCCGUAGUUGGUGACUGCACUGAGCGAUGUACCCG